UCUUCUUCCUCAGGGUGCACACUUGUCUUGCUUGGUCACUGUUGGAUGGUGAAGGUGCCCAAUACUGUGAAGGCAGUAGAUGGCAGCUGUGUAGAAAUAUCCUGUCACACCGCCCCUCACCACAGGGUCAUCUGGUACCGGUAUCAUAGUAUUAACUAUCCCAAGGUUUAUGAUGGCAAGGGACCGACCAGUGUGGAGGCCAGUUUUAGAGGGCGUACAUCAGUGCCAGGCAAUGCAGCAGAGGGUGACUGUACACUGAGGUUUGAGAGUGUGACGUUGAUAGACAAUAACCUCCAGCUCUUCGUGUGGAUCAACCCUGAUGAGUUAGCUACACAAAAGUUCCAUCAUCAGAUCGUAAGGAUUACAGUUGAAAGUAAGCACACUCAUGGAGAGGUUUAUUAGAUUAAUUAUUUGUUGUAGUUGAACAACUGAAAAAAUACAACAGAUUGUGAUCAGAUGAACAGUACUUCAUUACUUUGACAUCUGAAUGUAGGAGUGAUAGUGGUCGAUAGUUAGAACACUAUGUUAAAACUGAACGAGAAUUUUAAACAGGGUGUUAAACCAUUAGUCAUGGGAGCUGGUAAUGCCUUGUUUGCCUUUGGUUCCCACUAAUAAUAAUGUAUUCGAACUUGCAGAGAGAAAAGCUCCUGCAUUAUCCAUGCAGAAUGCAAUGGUGGAUGGAGCCUUAUUCCAGGCCAACUGUAGUGUCUGGCAUUCCUGCCCUGCCUCUCCUCCAUCCCUUAACUGGAGCCGUUUGCCUGAGAAUUCUACAUCAGUGACUUCCAUGGAGGAAAAGGGAGGACUGUGGGUGUCUACUGAGACAAUACAAGGAAGAGGAACGCGCCAACUGCACAAAAUAGUGAUGAAAUGCACAGCUCAAUUCGCUUCAGUCCGAACUGAGAGUCAACCAGUUAUUCUUAACAUCUCAUGUACGUUUUUGGUCUUACUUGUUUGUUCUCAGUUGUGCAAUUAUUCCGUUCACAGGCCAUCACUUAAAUAAAUAUAGAAUUUUACAGAACAAACGACUACAUAGUCACAAUACAUGUUUGUCUGCUUUAUAAACAGAUGCCCCUGUAGGUGUGAAGGUGAUAGCAGAUGAACAGCAAGUCAGUGAAGGUCAGAGUGUCAACCUGAAGUGUGUUGCUGACAGCAACCCCCAGCCAGGCAGGUUUGUGUGGAUCAGACGACAGGGAGGCCAAAGCAUCCAAAUGAAUUCAACUCAGGGCAAAAUGUCCUAUCCCAACAUUAGCAGAGACACCUCAUUCUCCUGCAUUGUCCAAAAUAAUAUUGGAUCAAAUCUGUCAGCCUGGCUGUUUCUGGAUGUCAACUGUAAGUAUCUCAUUGUAUGUGUCUAUGUCUGGUUGCACAGUUUCCAAUGGAACUAACAUUAUAGUUGUACAUUGAAAUGUUAAUUCUAACGAUACAUUAUGGGUGUAAAAUAGAAGAGAAGACAUGCUCCUUCCCACCCUUACAUAGUUCUAUUGUCAUUGUUUCUCACUCACUUAUAACAAGAAGGAAGACAAAUGUGUAGUGUCAAACAACAUUUUUUAAAACCACCACUUCAUGUCAUUCUGUCACUCCAGUCCCCCCAGCAAUCCUCUCUGACUCCACCUGCUCCUUGAAGGGUGGGGUUCUGCACUGUGUGUGUAGAGCAGAAGCCCGACCUAAUGCCACUCUGCACUGGAGGAUCAACAAAAACAACACUCUCCCAUCAUCCUUCACUUCCAACACCAUAUACAGAGAAAAUAUGGUGUCAUCAGAACUCACUGGGCCUGUGGAAAGACGACCAAAUGUCUCCUGCGUAGCCAUUAACUCACUGGCCACUGACAUCCAGCAGCUGCCCCUUGACACUGAAUUCACGGCUGGACAGUGUAAGUAAGCUUUCAGUACAGAAUUUAUAUUCUUAAUCUUCUGAUGUCAUUAUAAUCUGCACACAGUGACAGUCUUUCUUCCUCCUCUGCCUCCCCAUGUGUCCCCCCUCCCCCCUUUCUCGAUCUCUCUCUCUCUGUCUUUCUUUGAACAUAGUUCUGCCAUGGAUGCUGACUGCUCUGGCAGUUGGAAGUGCCUUUCUGUGGGGAGCUGUAAUGUUUGUUUGCAGAAGACGUUGAAUAGAGAGGUUUGUACGGUUCUUGAUGAUGAUGAUGUCACAUAUAAAACCAUAUUAGGUGUGUCAUUUUGAAUGAUGUCUCCCUUCUACUAACCAUUAUCUGUAGACCAAAGGCCAGCUCCAAUCCCCCCACUUUGGAUAUCCCUCUAAGGUACUGUCAUUUUUGCGUCUGUAUUUUACAUACAACAAAGAAUAAUGUUCAAGCUCAUUUACAUGUUUUUUUUGUCCUUAAGGAAACUGACAUGUCAGAGUCCAUAAGGGUACAGCAAUCCCCAAAAGUGAGAAAAAAAUUCUUACCUUUUGACCAAUCCUCAAAUUCAUACGAUAUAGCAUUGAAAUGUAUUCGCUUCUGUAGUGGGUGGUUGGAGAUAUUUUUGAAAAGUCAAAAUGGUACUGAACUAUAAUCAGGUUCCACAUUCUCCUCUCCUCCUCAGGCCACAGCAAAGGGCUAAGGCCAUGCCCAUGGCCAUACCCAAGGAGAAAGCAAGGACGGAUAGCCAAUCCUCAGUCUACGAAACUGAAUGACUUUGUGCCAAAGAAGCCUAGUCAAAACCCAGCAAAGAACGAGAAUUAUCCAAAGAUCAAGUUACAAGAUAACACAAAGGUCAACUUUGUGUAA